AUGUCGACUCGGCCUGGACUCGCUGAAAAGCGACUGUCGGCACAUCGCUUCCAACAAAUCCCUGAUUACUCUGGCGACGGCAUGGCCAACCCAAACGAUGUCACCAUUGAAAUUCCUCUGAACCCUGUCCCUAGUCGGGGACAAACGGGCGCUCGCAAGACCAGUAUCAACCCAACGAGCCCCGACCCCAAUCUGUAUGAACCGCCGGGAGAGAGCGGCGCUGAAGAAAAGGCCGCCCUGGUCACCGGUCCAGGGCGUCGCAAACGGGUUGAUUCGGCGCGAGCGCGGUCGGUGGAUGACCCAGAAGAUGGAACCUUGACGCGCAUGGGACGCAUCUACCAAGCCAUCUUCAACUUCUCCAUCAUCACGAGAUACCUCAUCUAUGUGUCUCCCCUGGCGCUCUUGAUUGCAAUUCCCAUCAUUGUGGGUGCCACCGUCCGUCAAGAUACGAGGAUUGGCGGCGUACCCUUGCAUUGGUUUUUCACCUGGAUUGAGGUUGUCUGGCUCAGCUUGUGGGUGUGCAAACUCGUCGCUCAUUUCCUCCCUUAUGUCUUCCAAUUCCUGGUUGGUAUCGUCAGUUCAGGCACCCGCAAGUAUGCCUUGAUUCUCCAGAGCCUGCAAUUUCCCAUCGCCACCGUGCUCUGGGCUGUGGUCUCCCUGGUCACCUUCUUACCGAAGGCGGAGAAUGACACGGGAACCAAGUCUUGGGAGAAAGCCCUCAAGAACAUUCUAUUUGCUUUACUCGUUUGCAGUUUGAUUUUUCUCGCCGAGAAAGCCAUCGUUCAGCUGAUCUCGAUUAGUUAUCACCGGAAGCAAUUCGAUAAGAAGAUCAAAGAAUCUAAGCGCAACGUCACCCUCCUUGGAGAGCUGUACGAUGCUUCUCGGAGUAUGUUCCCCAUGUACUGUAAGGAGUUUCGUGAGGAGGAUGCCGCGAUGACCGAUAUCAUCGCAAGCAAAGUGAAGGGAAUGCCGCGUUCGGGAUCGGCCCCCUUGCGACUGAUUAGGGAAGUUGGGCAAAAUGUUGGCCGCAUCGGUGACAAAGUGACGGCAGCUUUCGGUGAUGUCGCCCAAGAGCUCACGGGUAAAGAAGUGUUUAACCCUAACUCCGCUCGCUCCAUCGUUACGCUCGCGUUGGAACGCAAGAGGUCGUCGGAAGCCCUUGCGCGCCGAAUCUGGAUGUCCUUCGUCAUUGAGGGGCGAGAAGCCCUGUAUUUUGAAGACAUUGCCGAGGUAUUGGGUGCUGGUAAGGAAGCGGAGGCAGAGGAAUGCUUCCAAAUUCUGGACCGGGACGGCAAUGGUGAUAUCAGUUUGGAUGAGAUGAUCCUGACUGUCGGGGAGAUUGGUCGCGGAAGGAAGGCAUUGAACCACAGCAUGCAUGAUGUGGACCAAGCGAUUCACGUUUUGGACAAUCUUUUGAUGACGAUUGCGUUCGGUAUCAGUGUCUUAGUCUUCGUCUCAUUCGUGACCAGCGGCUUUGGCACGGUGAUCGCUGCUGGUGCUACCUCUCUGCUAUCCCUGAGUUUCGUCUUCGCCACCACCGCUCAAGAAGUCCUUGGUUCCUGUAUCUUCUUGUUUGUGAAACAUCCUUUUGACGUCGGCGAUCGGGUGGAAAUUGACAGCAAGCCAUACACGGUAGAACGUAUCUCGUUGCUCUUCUCGGUCUUUACCAGCGUGACGGACCGUCGAACCACUCAGGUUCCGAACGUCGUGCUGAACACGCUUUGGAUUGACAAUUUCACCCGUUCCAAUGCCAUGCAUGAAACAUUGACCAUUCCCAUCAAGUUUGGCACGAGCUUCUCCGAUAUCGAACUUCUUCGGCAAGAAAUGGAGCUCUUUGUGCGUGACAAGGAGAACAGCCGUGACUUCCAGCCAGACGUCAGCAUCGAUGUCGCCGGAGUGGGUGAUAUGGAUAAGCUGGAGCUCGCUGUCACGAUCUGCCAUAAAUCCAACUGGGCCAUUGAGUCGGUUCGCGCGGCCCGUCGCUCCAAGUUCAUGUGCGCAUUGGUGGCCGCCAUCCGCAAGAUCCCUAUCCGUGCCCCUGGUGCGGCUGAUGAGGAACCUGCUGCCGAAGACAACAACGAUGACAAGCCCGAUGGCGGUGAUAACAACGGCCCUGGCCUCAACACCGAGAAGAUGGCUGUGUCCGGACUCACCACUACAGACAGCCUCCAUGAUCCGACCAUGCCAUACGGCGACUCACGGUCGACCGGGUUUGACCUUGGUCGGGAUUCCGGAUCCCUGCAGCGUCGUGGAGGCGGCGCCUCGGCCAGCUCUCAUAGCCAAGGUACCUUCGUUGAUUCUAGCCAUUCUACCGGGGACGGUGAGGGACACGACGCGGAGAGCUUUCGAUCGCCGGCCGCCUCCCCAAGAAAGGAUCAGUUGAGCGUCCCCUAUGGCACCCUCAACCGCGAGCCAUCGACCGGCCGCCGCAAGGCCAACAGCACCCAGAGCACCCAGAGCACCCAGAGCACUCAGAGCACCUAUCCCACUGCCACGGGCGGGGUUCCCAUCCUGGCUGCGCCCGCACCUCCCCGGCAUGCCACCACGGCUCCAGCACCACCUCCCUCCGCACCUCUCCCACCGGCACCACCGGCAACGGAGUAUCGGCCCUACUCCGCCCACUACUACGAGGAUAGUCCAUAUGACUCCACCCAGCGGUAUGAGCUCCCCUCAAUGCCACAGCCUUCAGAGCAGGAGCCUUACGGGGAAUACCCGUCGCCACAAAUGAAUCAGUCGCCCACCGGCGAACAACGCACCUCCAACGAGCGGAUGCCCGGAGCAUUCGUCUCGCACACAUCGCAAUACGGAGCGAACCACAACAACAACACUCGCUGA